UCUUGCCCACAGGGGGACUAUGUCUGGAUGGACCUGAGAUCUGGGCAGGAGUUCGACGUGCCCAUCGGAGCAGUGGUGAAGCUCUGUGACUCGGGGCAGAUCCAGGUGGUGGACGAUGAAGGCAAUGAACACUGGAUCUCCCCGCAGAACGCCACGCACAUCAAGCCCAUGCACCCCACGUCGGUCCAUGGCGUGGAGGACAUGAUUCGCCUGGGAGACCUCAACGAGGCUGGCAUCCUGCGCAACCUGCUCAUCCGCUACCGGGACCACCUCAUCUACACAUACACAGGCUCCAUCCUGGUGGCUGUGAACCCCUACCAGCUGCUCUCCAUCUACUCACCAGAGCAUAUCCGCCAGUAUACCAACAAGAAGAUCGGGGAGAUGCCCCCCCACAUCUUUGCCAUUGCCGAUAAUUGCUAUUUCAACAUGAAGCGCCACAGCCGUGACCAAUGCUGCAUCAUCAGCGGGGAGUCUGGGGCAGGGAAGACCGAGAGCACCAAGCUGAUCCUGCAGUUCCUGGCGGCCAUCAGCGGGCAACACUCAUGGAUCGAGCAGCAGGUGCUGGAAGCCACCCCCAUCCUGGAAGCAUUUGGGAAUGCCAAGACCAUCCGCAACGACAACUCAAGCCGCUUUGGGAAGUACAUCGAUAUCCACUUCAACAAGCGGGGUGCCAUCGAGGGCGCCAAGAUCGAGCAGUACCUGCUGGAGAAGUCCCGUGUCUGUCGCCAGGCCUCCGAUGAACGAAACUACCAUGUGUUCUACUGCAUGCUGGAGGGCAUGAGUGCUGAUCAGAAGAAGAAGCUGGGCCUGGGCCAGGCCUCGGACUAUAACUACUUGGCUAUGGGUAACUGUAUCACCUGUGAGGGCCGGGAGGACAGCCAGGAGUACGCCAACAUCCGCUCGGCCAUGAAGGUGCUUAUGUUUACCGACACGGAGAACUGGGAGAUCUCCAAGCUCCUGGCUGCCAUCCUGCACCUGGGCAACCUGCAGUAUGAGGCCCGGACGUUUGAAAACCUGGACGCCUGUGAGGUCCUCUUCUCCCCGUCCCUGGCUACAGCCGCAUCCCUGCUCGAGGUGAACCCCCCGGACCUGAUGAACUGCCUGACCAGCCGUACCCUCAUCACCCGUGGGGAGACUGUGUCCACCCCGCUCAGCAGGGAGCAGGCACUGGAUGUGCGAGAUGCCUUUGUCAAGGGCAUCUACGGGCGGCUCUUCGUGUGGAUUGUGGACAAGAUCAAUGCGGCAAUUUACAAGCCCCCCUCCCAGGAAGUGAAGAGCUCUCGCAGGUCCAUCGGCCUCCUGGACAUCUUUGGGUUCGAGAACUUCGCUAUGAACAGCUUCGAGCAGCUCUGCAUCAACUUCGCCAACGAGCACCUGCAGCAGUUCUUCGUGCGGCACGUGUUCAAGCUGGAGCAAGAGGAAUACGACCUGGAGAGCAUCGACUGGCUGCACAUCGAGUUUACCGACAACCAGGACGCCCUGGACAUGAUCGCCAACAAGCCCAUGAACAUCAUUUCCCUCAUCGACGAGGAGAGCAAGUUCCCCAAGGGCACAGACACCACCAUGUUGCAUAAGUUGAACUCCCAGCACAAGCUGAACUCCAACUACAUCCCCCCCAAGAACAACUAUGAGACUCAGUUUGGGAUCAACCACUUUGCAGGCGUCGUCUACUACGAGAGCCAAGGCUUCCUGGAGAAGAACCGGGACACCCUGCACGGAGACAUCAUCCAGCUGGUCCACUCCUCCAGAAACAAGUUCAUCAAGCAGAUCUUCCAGGCCGACGUCGCCAUGGGCGCCGAGACCAGGAAGCGCUCGCCCACACUCAGCAGCCAGUUCAAGCGGUCGCUGGAGCUGCUGAUGCGCACACUGGGCGCCUGCCAGCCCUUCUUCGUGCGCUGCAUCAAGCCCAAUGAGUUCAAGAAGCCCAUGCGGUUCGACCGGCCCCUGUGUGUGCGCCAACUGCGGUACUCGGGGAUGAUGGAGACCAUCCGGAUCCGCCGGGCUGGCUACCCCAUCCGCUACAGCUUCGUGCAGUUUGUGGAGCGCUACCGCGUGCUGCAGCCGGGGGUGAAGCCCGCCUACAAGCAGGACGACCUUCGGGGGACGUGCCAGCGCAUGGCUGAGGCUGUGCUGGGCACCCACGAUGACUGGCAGAUUGGCAAAACCAAGAUCUUCCUGAAGGACCACCACGACAUGCUGCUGGAGGUGGAGCGGGAUAAGGCCAUCACCGACAGAGUCAUCCUCCUCCAGAAGGUCAUCCGGGGGUUCAAAGACAGAUCUCACUUCCUGAAGCUGAAGAACGCGGCCACACUGAUCCAGAGGCACUGGCGGGGCCACAACUGCCGGAGGAACUAUGAGCUGAUGCGGCUGGGCUUCUUGCGGCUGCAGGCCCUGCACCGCUCCCGGAAGCUGCACGAGCAGUACCGCCUGGCCCGCCGGCACAUCAUCGAGUUCCAGGCCCGCUGCCGCGCCUACCUGGUGCGCAAGGCCUUCCGCCACCGCCUCUGGGCCGUGCUCACGGUGCAGGCCUACGCCCGGGGCAUGAUCGCGCGCAGGGUGCACCGACGUCUCCGGGCCGAGUACCUGCGGCGUCUGGAGGCGGAGAAGAUGCGGCUGGCCGAGGAGGAGAAGCUCCGGAAGGAGAUGAGCGCCAAGAAGGCCAAGGAGGAGGCCGAGCGCAAGCAUCAGGAGCGCCUGGCACAACUGGCUCGUGAGGACGCGGAGCGGGAGCUGAAGGAGAAGGAGGAGGCUCGGCGGAAGAAGGAGCUCCUGGAGCAGAUGGAGAGGGCCCGCCACGAGCCCAUCAACCACUCGGACAUGGUGGACAAGAUGUUUGGCUUUUUGGGCACUUCGGGCGGCCUGCCAGGCCGGGAGGGCCAAGCACCCAGUGGCUUUGAGGACCUGGAGCGUGGGCGCAGGGAGAUGGUGGAGGAGGACCUGGACGCAGCCCUUCCCUUGCCUGACGAGGACGAGGAGGACCUCUCCGAGUAUAAAUUCGCCAAGUUCGCCGCCACCUACUUCCAGGGCACGACCACGCACACGUACACCCGGCGGCCGCUCAAGCAGCCGCUGCUCUACCACGAUGAUGAGGGCGACCAGCUGGCGGCCCUGGCGGUCUGGAUCACCAUCCUGCGCUUCAUGGGGGACCUCCCUGAGCCCAAGUACCACACGGCCAUGAGUGACGGCAGUGAGAACAUCCCCGUGAUGACCAAGAUUUACGAGACCCUCGGCAAGAAGACAUACAAGAGGGAGCUGCAGACCCUGCAGGGCGAGGGUGAGGCCCAGCUACCGGAGGGGCCGAAGAAGCGCAGCAUGAGGCACAAGCUGGUGCACCUGACCCUGAAGAAGAAGUCCAAACUGACAGAGGAGGUGACCAAGAGGCUACAUGACGGGGAGUCUACCGUGCAGGGCAAUAGCAUGCUGGAGGACCGGCCCACAUCCAACCUGGAGAAGCUGCACUUCGUCAUCGGCAAUGGCAUCCUGCGGCCGGCGCUCCGGGAUGAGAUCUACUGCCAGAUCAGCAAGCAGCUGACUCACAACCCCUCCAAGAGCAGCUAUGCCCGGGGCUGGAUCCUCGUGUCUCUCUGCGUGGGCUGCUUCGCCCCCUCCGAGAAGUUCGUUAAGUACCUGCGCAACUUCAUCCACGGGGGACCGCCUGGCUACGCUCCGUACUGUGAGGAGCGGCUUAGGAGGACCUUCGUCAAUGGGACACGGACACAGCCGCCCAGCUGGUUGGAGCUGCAGGCCACCAAGUCCAAGAAACCCAUCAUGUUGCCUGUAACAUUCAUGGACGGGACCACCAAGACCCUGCUGACCGACUCAGCCACCACGGCCAAGGAGCUCUGCGACGCACUGGCUGACAAGAUCUCGCUCAAGGACCGCUUUGGGUUCUCCCUCUACAUUGCCCUGUUUGAUAAGGUGUCCUCCCUGGGCAGUGGCAGUGACCACGUCAUGGACGCCAUCUCCCAGUGUGAGCAGUAUGCCAAGGAGCAGGGUGCCCAGGAACGCAAUGCCCCCUGGAGGCUCUUCUUCCGCAAAGAGGUCUUCACGCCCUGGCACAACCCCUCCGAAGACAACGUGGCCACCAACCUCAUCUACCAGCAGGUCGUGCGAGGGGUCAAGUUCGGGGAGUACAGGUGUGAGAAGGAAGAUGACCUGGCCGAGCUGGCCUCCCAGCAGUACUUUGUGGACUAUGGCUCCGAGAUGAUCCUGGAGCGCCUCCUAAACCUCGUGCCCACCUAUAUCCCUGCCCGCGAGAUCACGCCCCUGAAGACACUUGAGAAGUGGGCCCAGCUGGCCAUUGCUGCCCACAAGAAGGGGAUUUAUGCCCAGAGGAGAACUGAUGCCCAGAAGGUCAAAGAGGAUGUGGUCAAUUAUGCCCGCUUCAAGUGGCCCUUGCUCUUCUCCAGGUUUUAUGAAGCCUACAAAUUUUCAGGCCCCAGCCUCCCCAAGAAUGACGUUAUUGUGGCGGUCAACUGGACGGGGGUCUACUUUGUGGAUGAGCAGGAGCAGGUGCUCCUGGAGCUGUCCUUCCCCGAGAUCAUGGCCGUGUCCAGCAGUAGGGGAGCAAAACUGGUAGCCCCCAGCUUCACGCUGGCUACCAUCAAAGGGGAUGAGUACACCUUUACCUCCAGCAACGCUGAAGACAUCCGUGACCUAGUGGUCACCUUCCUGGAAGGGCUCCGGAAGAGGUCUAAGUACGUGGUGGCCCUGCAGGACAACCCCAACCCUGCAGGGGAGGAGUCAGGUUUCCUCAGCUUUGCCAAGGGAGACCUCAUCAUCCUGGACCAUGAUACAGGAGAGCAGGUCCUGAACUCAGGCUGGGCCAACGGCAUCAAUGAGAGGACCAGGCAGCGUGGGGACUUCCCCACCGACUGCGUGUAUGUCAUGCCCACUGUCACCAUGCCACCGCGGGAGAUUGUGGCCCUGGUCACCAUGACCCCUGACCAGAGACAGGACGUUGUCCGCCUCUUGCAGCUGCGGACAGCGGAGCCUGAGGUGCGCGCCAAGCCCUAUACGCUGGAGGAAUUUUCCUACGACUAUUUCAGGCCCCCACCCAAGCACACGCUGAGCCGGGUGAUGGUAUCCAAGGCCCGUGGCAAGGACCGGCUGUGGAGCCACACACGGGAGCCACUCAAGCAGGCACUGCUCAAGAAGAUCCUGGGCAGCGAGGAGCUCUCACAGGAGGCCUGCAUGGCCUUCAUUGCCAUGCUCAAGUACAUGGGCGACUACCCAUCCAAGAGGACGCGCUCGGUCAACGAGCUCACUGACCAGAUCUUUGAGGGCGCCCUAAAGGCCGAGCCUCUCAAGGAUGAGGUGUAUGUGCAUAUCCUGAAGCAGCUGACCGACAACCACAUCAGGUAUAGCGAGGAGCGGGGCUGGGAGCUGCUCUGGCUGUGCACGGGCCUCUUCCCGCCCAGCAACAUCCUCCUGCCACACGUGCAGCGCUUCGUGCAGUCCCGCAAGCACUGCCCGCUCGCCCUCGACUGCCUGCAGCGCCUCCAGAAAGCCCUGAGAAAUGGGUCCCGGAAGUACCCCCCACACCUGGUGGAGGUGGAGGCCAUCCAGCACAAAACCACCCAGAUUUUCCACAAGGUCUACUUUCCUGAUGACACCGAUGAGGCCUUUGAGGUGGAGUCCAGCACUAAGGCCAAAGACUUCUGCCAGAACAUCGCAGCCCGGCUGCUCCUCAAGUCCUCAGAGGGAUUCAGCCUCUUUGUCAAAAUUGCAGACAAGGUCAUUAGUGUCCCCGAGAAUGACUUCUUCUUCGACUUUGUUCGACACCUGACAGACUGGAUAAAGAAAGCACGGCCCGUCAAGGAUGGAAUCGUGCCCUCGCUCACCUACCAGGUAUUCUUCAUGAAGAAGCUGUGGACCACCACGGUGCCCGGGAAGGACCCGAUGGCCGAUUCCAUCUUCCACUAUUACCAGGAGUUGCCCAAGUAUCUCCGAGGCUACCACAAGUGCACGCGGGAGGAGGUGCUGCAGCUGGGGGCGCUGAUCUACAGGGUCAAGUUCGAGGAGGACAAGUCCUACUUCCCCAGUAUCCCCAAGCUGCUACGGGAGCUGGUGCCCCAGGACCUCAUCCGGCAGAUCUCACCUGACGACUGGAAGCGGUCUAUCGUCGCCUACUUCAACAAGCAUGCAGGGAAGUCCAAGGAGGAAGCCAAGCUAGCCUUCCUAAAGCUCAUCUUCAAGUGGCCCACCUUUGGUUCAGCUUUCUUUGAGGUGAAGCAAACUACGGAGCCAAACUUCCCUGAGAUCCUCUUAAUUGCCAUCAAUAAGUAUGGGGUCAGCCUCAUCGAUCCCAGAACCAAGGACAUCUUGACCACUCAUCCCUUCACCAAGAUCUCCAACUGGAGUAGUGGCAACACCUACUUCCACAUCACCAUUGGGAACCUGGUGCGUGGGAGCAAAUUGCUCUGUGAGACAUCACUGGGCUACAAGAUGGAUGACCUCCUGACUUCCUAUAUUAGCCAGAUGCUCACGGCCAUGAGCAAACAGCGGGGCUCCAGGAGUGGCAAGUGAACAGUGAGGGAGGUGGUGCUGGCUCAGGCCCAUCAGCUACCUCUGCAGGUUGGGGAGGACUUUGCCAUCUGGGCAGGGAGGCUGGGCCAGCCGGCCACUGAUUACACCAACUUGGCUUCCUGUCCUUCUUCCAGUGAGGCAGACUUGCUGGGAUGCAGAACUCCCCUUGAUCCACUCCUGAGGGUUGGUUCUAGUCCUGGCUUGCCGUGGCCUUCCCAGUUGUAAGAGCCUGUGCUCCUUGGAUGCCUUUCUUAGACCAGUCCUACCACGUGACCUCCUUUGACUUUCUGUGUACCACUGAGACAGGGAAUCAAGAGCACACUUAGUUCUCCGUACUGGGACCAACCAAACCAAACCAACCAAGAAUAUUCUGAAACCUAAGGGACUGGCUUAAUUCCUGUAAGUCCAGGAUCCUCAGCUGGGAUGGGGGAGACAGACCACUUUUACAUAUUGCAGUGUGAGUGCUGAGCCCCUGUGCCAGUUUCCCCUGAUCGCCUCAGAGUAUAAAGUAUGUGUUUAAUCUUUUG